GGCGUGGUCCAUCUUUUGCCCUCCUUUUUGGUCUGAGAUUGCAUACACUGCAAGUUCUAGAGGAAUCCCAAAUUGUGAAUCUUUCUGCAGCUGUCAGGCAUAUGUAUUCUGGCCACCUUUGUUCAUGACACAGAACAUAGUAAGUCUAUAAACUUUGAUGAAGGGCAUUCAUCAUCUCUAGCUAGCUGCAGCAGUUCAAGUACAAAAUGUCUCAUCUGGACAUCCUGUCCUUCAAGUACAAUCUAGACAAGCUGCGGUUCAAGGCCGGCCGGACAACGGGACGGCUACUGUCCGCCAGGGACCGGCAGUUCUCCGACCUGAGCACCUACAAGCCUGACGACGAGGAGAUGAAGAAGGUAUUCGGCAUGAUCGCAAGCCAGCCCGGCCGGAUCUCCAGGAAGGAUCUCCAGGUGCUCCUAGAGCGGCUUGGGAAGGCUGACGCCUCCAGCCAGGCGCGGCGGAUGAUCUGCGUGACCGACAACAACAAGGACGGCUACAUAGACCUGGAGGAGUUCAUGGAGGUGCACAGGAACGGCGUGCAGCUGGGGGACAUCCGGAGGGCGUUCUUCGUGUUCGACAGGGAUGAGGACGGCAGGAUCAGCGCCGAGGAGGUCAUGGCGGUGCUGCUCAAGCUGGGGUAUAGCUGCAGCCUGGAGGAUUGCCGGAGGAUGGUGAGGAAGAUAGACAGGAACGGCGAUGGCUUCGUGGACAUGGAUGAUUUCAUGUCCAUGAUGACUCGCCCACGGAGGAAGCCGUGAGUCCGUGAGCUUUGAGCUUCCGAGCACAUCCUGAUGUAAACAUGCAGUUUAAUCCUAUCUACAAUGUAUGCUACUCAGGGAAAAAAUGAUCAGCUUCGAACCGAUGUUCAUUUAUGGGGAACAUGGGUUUUACCGUGUCUUAUGUUGCAUGAUUUCUGUAACAAAAGUAGAUCAUGUAAAGUGUAAAUUAGGUUCAUAAAAUCCGUAUCGAAGAAAAAAUCAUAAUAGCGUUUUCACCAGAAAUGUGAUACUAGGAGAUGAUUGGAGAAUUUUCGACACCACUCCACAAUAGUGCAAGCCU